UGUAACCGACCAUGCCAUGUUCAUGUUCAUGCUAUAGCUCGAUGCUAUAUACUGAAAACAUUGAAAAACCCUCCCAAGGUUUAAGGAUUUUCCCUUACUUUUGUUCUUUCUUUCCCUGGAACCAAACAGAGAAAACACUUUUAUGAGAAAAGAAACUCAUAUAUGAACCAUGAAGAAGUACCCACCAGCCUUUAUCUUCCAUAGAAUCCCUUCUAAAAGUUUUUGUUCUUCAUUGAUGAAGGAACCAAGCAGAGGAUAAGGAUUGAAGAAUGAAGAAAAAUGAUAAUAUGAGCUGGUGCCGGGUAGCCACCCAUCAUCUUCCAUAAGAAUCCCUCAAAGUUCUUGAUCAUCAAAGUGGUGGUAAAGCCCUUUCCUUUCUAUUAUUUUCCUAAGAACCAAACAUGGGUCAGGUUUUAAGUGAUAUAUAGAAUAUGUCAACCAUCUUUCUUCAUUUUAGCAGCAGUGAAAGUAAUAUAUAAAUAUAGUAUGUAGUACCCGCCAAAAUAUUGUCUUCAAUUUAGUCCUUUGUGAGAAACCUUGAAACUCCAAGAAUGGUUGAACCAAUAGAUGCCAUUUUUGAGGAGAGAGAGGAGCUCAUGGUGCCACCAACUGGUGGCAACCCAACUCUCAGAAUAGCCCAUUUUCUUAAACCCUCUGUGACUUCCACUGAAGGCCUUCCUUCACCUUUUCUCUCUGCUGAACCCACCAUUUCUGAGCUUGAAAAUUUGCCUCUGAAGGUUUGUUUCAGAGGUUGGCAACGUCCAAAUGAGAGGUGGAAAAUGUGGGUUGCAAGUUUGCAUUCCAAGUACCAAUCCAUAUGGAAGGAAAGUGGAAUAUAUGAAGCAAUUAUUUGCUCCAAAUAUUCAAUAUGUAAACACCAAGAUUUAAUUCUUGGUCUUGCCCAAAAAUGGUGUCCUAAGACCAACACAUUCAUCUUUUCUUGGGGAGAAGCCACUGUUACUUUGGAAGAUAUGAUGGCUUUAGGGGGCUACUCUGUUUUGGGUAACUCUGUUUUAAGCCCUCUUUUUACGAAAGAGAUGGAAGAAAUUCUUGAAAUCUUGCUUGAAGGAUACACAACAGUUGCAAAAACUAAUAGUAUCGCCUACGUUGGUUUGCAUGCCUGGUUGGAACAUUUUAUGGGGAGUGGGAGCAAAUUUGAGCAUGAAGCAUUCCUUUCAUAUUGGUUGUGUAAGUUUGUCUUCCCAAUGCCUCUUUAUCGCAUUGAAAAGAAAAAUUUUCCAAUUGCAAUACAUUUAGCUAGAGGAAGAAUUGCGCUUGCACCAGCAGUCCUCUCCAGUAUUUAUACAGAUUUAUGUUUGCUGAAAGCGAAAUUAGUUGCCUCAACAAAAUUGGAUACUGAAGAGGUGCUUAAUCUUUCUACACCUUUUCAAUUGGUCCAGCUUUGGGCUUGGGAGAGAUUCCCAGCAUUACGGCCAAAUCCCAUAUCCAUCACACAAUGUGAGCCAAGGCCUGCCCGCUGGUCCAAACUAAAAAAAGUGAGUAUUGAGAAUAUGAGGUUGGCUAUAGACUCUGCUGGAGAAAGUUUUCAGUGGCGCCCUUAUGCUAUAGCAGCGAAUCAUAAUUGGUUGUUUCCUAAGUUCUAUGGAGAAAAAGAACAGUGGGUGUCAGUUGAUGCUGCUUUGGACAAAGAGUUGGCGUCGUUUGCUCUAUGCAUAAGAGUCUGUGAGCUUCUUGGACUACACUGCAUUCAACUGUACCUCCCACACCGAGUUGCAAUGCAAUUUGGAAUUGAUCAAGAUCUUCCAGGUCCUGUUGCUCGAUACAAUGCGAGCCAGGAUAUUGUUUGGAGCCAUUACAAUAGGUCAAUUGGAGAUGCAAAAUUGUAUGUACCACCACGGCUUUUUGAGGCAGAUGUUACCAAGGGAUACUUUGAGUGGUGGAAGCAAUCAAUGUCUGCUCAGAAAGAUGCAAUUAAGAAUUUCGUUACCCGGCCUAGAGAUUCAAGAAGGAUUCCCCGAGUUUAUUAUGGAAAGAUGGAAAAUUACAAUGUCUUUGUUCCACCUAGUUCUUCUGUAGAAAGUUUUAAAGGGGACACUGUCAAGGAAACUCUACUCCUAGGAACUUUUAGUGAGAAAAGACUGGUUAUUGAUGAUAAGCCUUUGCCAGUCUCUUUAUCUCAAAAAAUGUCACACUCGACACCAAAUGAUGGAGCUCCUAAAAAGGACUUGCUAAUGAAACCAGAGGCAAAGAACAUCCAGGGUGAAGGUUCAACGGGUGAAGCAGAGAAAAAUCUGGCAGAUGCAACUGUGACAGAAUUGGGACAUCCAACCAACAUUGCAGUGCAUGUCAAAGACAAUAAUGAGGAAAGCAGUAGCAGUUGCAAAACUGAGAUUCCAGGAUUGGAGCUUGAGGCUCGGAUAAGCAGGCUUGAGAGAGUAGUUGCUGAGCUAAAAGCAGCAAGAGCUAUUAACAAGUUUGAGUACAAGCCUGCCAAAUAGGAACCAUAGCCGCAAAAAGCAAACCAUGAACCCAAUGUAAAUAAAUUUUCUUCCUUAAGUAACUGAUCAGGCAGUUCAAUACUUAGGAUCUGUUUGGAUACCGCGUAUUUUACUUGCUUUCCAAACUCACUUAUUAUUUUUCUCUAACAAACAGUUUA